AAAAUCACCAUAUAUAUUAAAAACCUGUUAUAUGAGAUCAAAGCUAAUCAGCAGUUGGCAUAAGAUCAUAUUCGACAAUCAACAUCGUUUUUAAAUUUGUAUUUAAAAAAUUGUUGAUCACAUAUACUCAUAUAUAUCUUGUUUGGCCCAAAAAAAAAAAAAAAUCUUAUUUCCCACUGCAAAGCAGACAUCAUAUACUUUCUCCUCCUCCUUUACUGCACUCUACAUACAGAUAUCAAAUUGGAUCAAGUCGGCUAAAGUAUGCCUCUCGAAAUCCCUAUCCUAAUUGGAGGGGCUGCUAAUGCAAUGGAUGCCUUGUUCUCAACCUUCUUAUUGUCCACCUCCAGCACCGGUCUCCUCUCCGGUAGGAACAAGACCUUGAUUUACCCGAUGAAGCCAUUUGCUCCAACACCAGCAUCGCCCGUUAUUUCGGACGUCGAGACAAAAGAGAAGCCAGAACGUUCGAUGAGGACCAAGGGCGGCUCUGCUGAUAGAAGUAGCAUCCAAGGAUCAUCGUCUCCGAUGCAAAUGCCUCAGACGAAGCCUCAAUAUCUAAGUCCGCGUACUCGCUCCCGGGAGCCAUCAGCAGCAGCUGCCUUGUGCAUCGCACUGGACGAACUCAUCAACAAUUUCAUCGACCCACCACACCUCCGCUCUUCCGUCGACCCACGCCACGUCCUCUCCAACAACUGGGCUCCAGUCAAUGAGCUGCCACCGACACCAUGCCCUGUAAUUCGCGGCACUAUCCCCGCCUGCCUCCGAGGCGGCGCCUACAUUCGCAAUGGGCCCAACCCACAGUAUCUGCCGCGCGGACCCCACCACCUAUUCGACGGCGACGGCAUGCUCAACGCCCUCCUACUCCCCCGCGACGGCGACGGCGACGGCGAGGCUCCCGCCACCCUCUGCUCCCGCUAUGUCCGCACCUAUAAGUACCUCCUCGAGCGCGAUGCCGGCGGACCCGUUCUUCCAAACGUCUUCUCCGGUUUCCACGGUGCAGCUGGCAUCGCCCGAGGGGCUGUUGCGGCCGCCAGGAUUCUCACCGGGCAGAUGAACCCGGCGGCGGGCGUCGGCCUCGCUAACACUAGCCUGGCCUUCUUUGGCGGCCGGCUCUAUGCCCUGGGCGAGUCCGAUCUACCCUACGCCGUCCGAAUGUCGCCCGAGGACGGCGAUAUCACGACCCUUGGCCGAUGCGACUUCAAAGGGAAGCUUUCCAUGGGAAUGACCGCUCACCCAAAGAAAGAUCCAGCCACGGGGGAGCUCUUCGCCUUCCGAUACGGGCCGGUGCCGCCCUUCCUGACUUACUUCCGCUUCGACGCAGAGGGGAAGUACAAGACGGGGGAGGACGUGCCCAUCUUUUCGCUGGCGCAGCCUUCCAUGGUGCACGAUUUUGCCAUCACGGAGCGGUUCGCCAUAUUCCCCGACAUUCAGAUCGUGAUGAAGCCGAUGGAUAUGGUGGCGCCGGGUGGAGGAUCGCCUGUUGGGUCGGAACGGGGAAAGGUUCCCCGGCUUGGAAUUCUGCCAAAGUAUGCCCGGUCGGAUGCUGAGAUGAGGUGGUUCGAGGUGCCCGGGUUCAACCUGAUGCACGCCUUGAACGCGUGGGAGGAGGGUGAGGACACCAUAGUACUGGUGGCGCCUAACGUGCUGUCGAUAGAACACGCGCUGGGGAGGAUGGAGUUGGUUCACAGUAGUGUCGAGAUGGUGCGCAUCGAGUUGCGGAGCGGGGCUAUCUCGAGGACGCCUCUUUCCGCCGAGAACUUAGACUUCGGCGUCAUCCAUCCGGGCUACGUUGGCCGGAAGAACCGAUUCGCCUACCUCGGGGUGGGUGAUCCCUUGCCUAAGAUCUCCGGGGUGAGGAAGCUGGACUUCUCCCUUUGCGGAAGGGGCGACUGCGUUGUUGCGGCUCGGGAUUUCGGUCCGGGCUGCUUCGGUGGAGAGCCAUUCUUCGUGCCGGCUGGGCCCAGCCGAGGUGAGGAGGAGGACGACGGGUACGUCGUGUUGUACGUGCACAAUGAGGAUAACAGAGAGUCCAAAUUCAUUAUCAUGGACGCACGCUCGCCGCAACUCGACUUGGUUGCGGAGGUUAUUCUGCCCAGCCGGGUGCCGUACGGCUUCCACGGUCUCUUUCUCACCCAGGACGAGAUAAGGGCGCAGCGACCGCACUAACCAGCCAGUGCGCUUUGGUGAACUCUAAGGGGGCUAUUGGUAUUGAAUUGGAGUUAAUUUAGCAGGAUUUAAUAAAUCAUGUAAAUUUAUAUAAAUUCGGAUUUAGUAAAUUUUGAAGUUGUUAAAUUCUGAAAA